GGAGAUUCAAGGAAAUAGAUUCCAGGAACACAAGCCAGUGACACCCCAUGAUAACCUACCGUCUAGAGAGACUCCCACUCCUGCUGGGAUGAGUGACUCUCAGGAGAGAGAGGAGGCUGCAGGUCCCAGUGAGACACUCAGACCAGAGUCUGCAGCACAUGGCUUUAGGACCAUGAAGAAUGCUGAAGACAUGGCUGAUCCUGGGUCACCAACACACUCUGGUGGAGGAUCAGAGACACACAGACCUCCAUCUCCAGUGCCCAGCUGUGUGUCCAUGAAGAGUGAUAAGUCCAUGCCUAAAGGUCCAGACCUCAGCAGUGAACCACCACACUCUGAAUCCAAAUCAGAGACACACAGACCUCCAUCUCCGGUGCCCAGCUGUGUGUCCAUGAAGAGUGAUAAGUCCAUGCCUAAAGGUCCAGACUUCAGCAGUGAACCACCACACUCUGAAUCCAAAUCAGAGACACACAGACCUCCAUCUCCCAGCUGUGUGUCCAUGAAGAGUGAUAAGUCCAUGCCUAAAGGUCCAGACUUCAGCAGUGACCCACCACACUCUGAAUCCAAUGAGUUGACGGCUGAUCAGUCGAUGGGUGGAGUGCAUGAACAGGUACUGAGUGACAUCAUCACCUGUGAACACAACAUCAACAAAAACACAGAUAACGAGGUCCUGGGGAGAGUUAAAGAGAAUCAUAAAGCCAGUAUGAAUAAGAGGUUUGAGAACAUCUCUGAAGGCAUCAUCAAAGCAGGAGCUGAAAUACUCCUUAAUGAGAUCUACACAGAGCUCUACAUCACUGAGGGAGAGAGUGAAGGGGUGAAUAAGGAACAUGAGGUCUGGCAGGUAGAGUCAGCAUCCAGAGCACAAACCACAGAAGACAAACCGAUCAACUGCAAUGACAUCUUCAAGCCCUUACCUGGACAGAAAAAGGGGAUUAGAACUGUGAUGACCAAAGGUGUUGCUGGCAUUGGGAAAACAGUUUCAGUGCAGAAGUUCAUUCUUGAUUGGACAGUUGGGGUAGCCAAUCAGGAUGUAGACUUCAUGUUCCCCCUUUCCUUCCGUGAGCUGAAUUUGGUGAGGGGUGAUCAAUAUAGUCUUCACACGAUACUGCUUGACUUCCACCCUGAAUUGAAGGACCUGAAUGAUGGUGAUGAAUACAAAGACUGUCGGGUUGUGUUCAUCUUUGAUGGUUUGGAUGAGAGUCGGUUAAAACUGGAUCUGGAACAGAACAGUAAGUUGUCUGAUGUCAAACAAACAUCAUCUGUGGAUGUUCUGAUAGCGAGCCUCAUUCAGGGAUCUCUGCUUCCCUCUGCACUCAUCUGGAUAACCUCACGACCAGCAGCAGCCAGUCAGAUUCCUGCUCAGUAUAUCAACCAGGUAACAGAAGUACGAGGAUUCAAUGACCCACAGAAGGAAGAGUACUUCAGGAAGAAGAUCAGUGAUGAGAGUCAGGCCAACAGAAUCAUCUCACACAUCAAGGUAUCAAGGAGUCUCCACAUCAUGUGCCACAUUCCAGUCUUCUGUUGGAUUGCAGCCACUGUGCUACAACAGAUGCUGGAACAGGACAACACCCAGGAAAUACCCACAACUCUGACUGAGAUGUUCAUACAGUUCUUGCUCAUCCAGACCACCAGAAAGAAUCAGAAAUAUCAAGAAAUACAUGAAACAGAUAAGAAGAGGCUCUUGAAAUCACAGAAAGAAAUAAUUCUAAAGUUAGCUGAAAUGGCGUUUAAUAAUUUAGAGGAAGGCAAACUGAUAUUUUAUGAGGAAGACCUGCAGAAGUAUGGCAUUGAUGUCAGUGAAGCCUCAGUGUACUCUGGCAUGUGUACUGAGAUCUUCAAGGAAGACUCUGCGUUUCACAAGAUGAAAGUCUACUGCUUUGUGCAUCUGAGCAUUCAGGAGUUUCUGGCUGCACUUCAUGCAUUCAUUUCAUAUCUGAAGAAGGAUCGGAAGACACUAACAGCCCUUUGUGGGAACAUAUGGCUCUGGACACUAUCACUGGGUGGGCUUCUAAAGAAGGUAGUAGACAAAGCUUUGGCCAGCAGGAAUGGACACCUGGAUCUUUUCCUUCGCUUUCUCAUGGGCAUCUCUCUGGAGAGCAAUCAGAGACUUCUGCAAGGUCUGCUGGACCACAGAUACAAAACCACAAAGAAGGACAUUAGGAAAACCUGUCAUUAUAUAAAAGAGCUCAACAGUCAAGGUCUCUCUCCUGAAAGAUGCAUCAAUCUUUUCCACUGCUUAUUUGAAAUGAAUGAUCAUUCCAUGCACCAAGAAAUUAAAAAAUAUCUUGAGUCACCAAAGGAUUUCAAAGGCCAGUUGUCUCCUGCUCACUGUUCAGCACUGGCCCACAUGCUUCUGAUGUCUGAGGAGGUGCUGGAUGAGCUGAUUGACCUGAAGAAAUACAACACAUCAGAUGAGGGGCGCAGGAGACUGAUCCCAGCUGUGAGGUGCUUCAGAAAAGCACGACUUGCUGACUGCAAACUCACCGAUAAGUCAUGUGAGCUUGUGGCCUCAGUUCUACAGUCUCCAAACUCCCUGAUAGAGCUGGACCUGAGUGACAAUGACCUGGGAGAUUCUGGAGUUCGGCUUCUUUCUAAAGGACUGUCUAGUCCCCACUGCAAACUGCAGACAUUAAGGCUCUGUAAUUGUGGUAUCUCAGAUGGAGGUUAUGUUUGUCUGGCUCUUACUCUGAUGUUAAACCCCUCCUGUGUGAAAGAGCUGGAUGUGAGCAACAACCAUCCUGGAGAAUCUGCACAGAAGCUGUUAUCAGCUGCACUGGAGGAUCUUCAUUCCAAAGUUGAAGACCUUGAACUUGCAGGCAACAAACUCACAGACAAGUCCUCUGAGCUUGUGGCCUCAGUUCUGAAGUCUCCAAACACCCUGACAGAGCUGGACCUGAGUAACAAGGACUUGGGAGAUUCUGGAGUUCAGCUUCUUUCCAAAGGACUGUCUAGUCCCAACUGCAAGCUGCAGAUAUUAAGGCUCUGUAAGUGUGGUUUCUCAAGUGAAGGAUAUGUUUGUCUUGCUCUGGCCCUGAUGGUAAACCCCUCCUGUGUGAAAGAGCUGGAUGUGAGCAACAAUCAUUCUGGAGAAUCAGCACAGAAGCUGUUAUCUGCUACACUGAAGGAUCCUCACCGCAAAGUUGAAGCCCUUAAACUUGCUGGUUGUAAACUCACAGAUAAGUCCUGUGAGCUUGUGGCCUCAGUUCUACAGUCACCAAACUCCCUGACAGAGCUGGACCUGAAUAACAACAACUUGGGAGAUUCUGGAGUUCAGCUUCUUUCUAAAGGACUGUCUAGUCCCCAG